CAUGCGCAGUGCUUUAUCCUUUGAGCCGCUCCUUGAAUUGUACAGUUUUCUCCUUUGUUGCUGCGCUCACCGAAUCGCUCUGCCAACACCGUCAACAUGGCUACGCGUGGGGAGGCGGUCUACUGCACACUCCUUAUAACCGAUAAUUAUCUUCCUGGUGCUGUUGUACUUGCUCAUUCAUUACGUGACAAUGGGACAAGAGCCAGGCUGGUCGCUCUGUACACACCGCAAACAUUAAAAGAGUCAACCAUUAAAGAGCUAAAGUCCGUGUAUGACGAGAUCAUACCCGUCCCACUCCUAACAAACGACACGCCGGCGAAUCUGUUUUUAAUGGAUCGUCCUGACCUUAUAUCAUCUUUCACCAAAAUUGAACUUUGGCGACAAACCCAAUUUUCCAAGAUAAUCUAUCUAGAUGCCGAUGUAGUUGCAUUGAGGGCGCCUGAUGAGCUGUUAUCUUUGGAGGAAGAUUUCGCUGCAGUUCCCGACAUUGGCUGGCCCGAUAUAUUUAACAGUGGUGUUAUGGUGCUGCGGCCUAAUCUGCAAGAUUAUUAUUCCCUUCGGGCCCUCGCAGAAAGGGGUACUAGCUUUGAUGGCGCGGAUCAAGGCCUGCUGAACACUCACUUUAGAAAAUGGCACCGCCUGAGCUUUACGUAUAAUUGUACGCCGAGCGGAAACUAUCAAUAUUUACCGGCAUAUAGGCAUUUUGAAAGCACCAUUAGCAUAAUUCACUUCAUUGGGUCUCAGAAGCCUUGGACUCAAUCGCGACACGUCUUUACGGCUGGCACGCCUUACUACCAGUUGUUGGGAAGGUGGUGGGCUACAUAUGAUCGUCAUUAUACGCCUCAGCCGGCCCCCUUCCAGACCAGCACCCUUUAUGGGCCUCCCAAAACGUCGCACGUCUCAUCUCCAUUUCCUGGACCUACACAUCCUACUACUUCAACACAGUUAGAACAUAUUCCAGGCGUUUCGAGUACGCUCUCUUCCGUGCCUGCAUACUCCAGUGACAAAACACACCAGCAAAUCGCUGGAGAUCUUCAUGUUCUACGUCGCUCACCCGUCUCUGAAGGGUUUGACGAAUCCCAAUCAUUUUCACCACCUGAACUUGUGAAUCCUGAACCGAUACACCCACCCAUCAUUUCUCACAGUGCACAGGUCUUUAAUCAACCAUUAGAAGCACCAAAGGUGGAAGUCCGAAGCGUGGUUCCACUUUACGUUCAUGGCGAAGAGCAAUCCUCCGUCUUCAUACCAGUACCAAGUGGUGGAAACGAAAUUCCUGCAGUCCCUGAGUUUGAGUCUCUUCAGGUAGGACGGCAAGAAGUACCUCAUCACUCAAAGCCGGAGACCGUAGAGCAGCAAACAACUCAGCCUGAAAGGCCCGCACCGCCAGAGUCCUCUGCAGAGCGACCAUUCUCUCCACCUCAUUCAGAAUGGGACGCACGACGAGAACCCCCUCCCCUUCAUUCAAAGCCAGAGGCGAUCGACCUGAGGACACAAACUUAUACAAUGUCGGAAGAUACUGAUCUGUUUCAGCCGCCUCCAUCGUAUCCCGAAGCACCGAAGAAUAUGUAUUAUCAAGUACCAACCAGUAAACCUGAACCGCAAAAGCUAGCUCAAAUAUUCCCUUGGGAAUCUCGUGCUCCCAAACCCUCUCGGAUAUUUGCUGACGAUUCCGAACAAACAAGUACCUCAACGGGUCAUGAUACAGACGAUCACAUUCAAUUUGCCCAACCCCCACCCGAAAUAUCCUCCGAUUCGGCCAUAUUCCGGUCCCAGGAGUCUUGGGAGUCUUACACUAGAAGCAAUGCAUGGGAUGACGUCCCCGGGAUUGAAAAAUACGUGGAAGCUAUCCAGUGGUCCAACAAGGGAAGUGGGCAGAGCAGCUCACGCGGCAAAUCUCACAAGCCCAAAAGUUUUAGAAUAACCGAUUUCCCGACGGAGGAAGACCGGCCAAGCCUUCCCGUCACACCAGCUCCCAUGCGAAAGUCUUUUUGGGAUGGGGGAUCCGGAGUCGCUAGCGAGUUCCCAGCUGCAGAGGGCGUUCCUAACCAGGAGGACUGGGUGGGUAUCACGACUGAUGCGUUUUCACACAUCCUACGAGCCACAUACUCAUUCUGGAAAUUUACAGAACCCGCUAGCUCAGAUAGACGAGCUACAACGACGGCAGUCGGAGCUGCUCGCGACGCCAGCAGUGCUGUCACAGAGACUGUCAGAGUUGUCCGACGAGACUGAACAAUAACUCUUCCCACCUUUUGUCAAUAUACGGUACAUUUUCAACUCUUACAUCGACAAAACACCUUUCCUUUGUUUUUCAUUUCAUGUAUGAAUAUUUCAUUUUGCAUACUGUGCAUCUAGUGUAUCCGUUCCAGCACAGAUUAUUAUGCGUGUCGAUAAAUUGCAAUCUUAUUUUUUCAACGUUGUGACUUUAUGUAUCCCUGAAUUUUAAAUAGAGCAAAAUCAUAUGUAGCGUAUUGAAAAUUCUCUGCUAUUAUCAACUGACAUAUUCCAAAACGAUACCA